UAUAUAUAUAUAUAUAUAUAUAUAUUUUUUACCAUCCUUGGAUAUCACUUAGCAAUUAUCCUCCAUGAUAGAAUUAAAUAUACACAUUAGCUCAUGCAAAACACCAUAAAAUAUGGCAAAAGGGAUACCUGUACUAUCUGUUGUCAGGGUGGUUGUUGCGGCAUGUACCGCCCUCCUUCCUUAAGGUAUAUCCUCAAGAAAAUACAAAAUAAAAAGCAUGAAAAAAUAUUAAAAAUACCAAUAUUCCCGCAGACUGUUUGAUUGGACAUAUCUUCCAAAACGUCAAUUUCUCCCAAUUUGUAAGAAUCUCCAUGAAGUGAAAUCUUUACUAAAAAAAUUAGCACGUAAAGGAGUCGGAGUCGCUCAUAUUUUUACCGACUCCGACUCCGACUCCGACUCUGACUCCAAUUCCGACUCCGACUCCGACUCCGACUCCGACUCUGACUCCAAUUCCGACUCCGACUCCGACUCCGACUCCGACUCUGACUCCAAUUCCGACUCCGACUCCGACUCCGACUCUGACUCCAAUUCCGACUCCGACUCCGACUCCGACUCCGGCCAAAAGUAGCCGACUCCUCGACUCCUCGACUCCGACUCCGACUCCGACUCCACACCCCUGGAAAAAACCACGAAACUGUAAUAUUUUGAUGUUAUUUUUAUAAUGAAAUCUGUAUGUGUAAACUGACGAUAUAAUUUAAGUUAAAUAACAGUUUUGCUUACUAAAAUGAGGAAAUUGAAAAAACACGACAUUGUGCAAUAUGAAUGCAGAUUACAACACCGUGUAUUGUACAGUAGUGGUUAUUCUCUCGGACCCAAUGUACCCCCUGAAAAGUGCAAAUGUACCCCUGGGGGUACAUGUACCCCAGGUUGGGAACCCCUGCUCUAAGCCCUGAUUAAUAAAAGAAAAAUUAGCAUGAAUGUAACAUAUUUUAACCCAUCCGCUGCAAUUGGCACGGAUUUGGCUUUCAGUGGUAGCUUAGUAACAUAUGCUCCCAGGUCUCUCUGGCUCUGUGGUGGAUAGUGGAGUGUUUCCCAUGUGGUAUUGGUAUACAGGAUAUCCCCUCCCAAGGUGCAUGACUUACAUUUUUCUUCAUUGAAUUUUAGCAGCCACUUUUUGUUCCAUUCCUCUAUCUUGGUGAUGUCUUCUUGCAGGAAAUCCCCAGUCAAGGGGUUAAUGUCAGUUGUAAAUCAUCAUUAUAUCCUAUGGAGUAUCAUUUUCUUGUUUGGUUGUGUGUGUGUGUGUGUGUUCCCCUGCAGAGCCUGACGGUUGGCCAGGUGCUGCUGGGCUGUGUGUUGGAGGAGAGGGACUAGGAGCUGGUGGUGAGUCUGCCCCAUAAGCUGGUGGGCAGCAUCAGCCUGGCAAACAUCUCUCGGCCCUACACGGCUCCUCUGUCCAAGCUGAAGGAUGAUGAGGAGGGGGAGGAGGAAAUCCAGGCCCUGCAGGAGCUGUAUCAGCCAGGCCAGCAUGUGGUGUGCAGUGUGGUGUCCAUCGAGAAGGUCAACAACAUGACCUGGGCCUCUCCGGUGCCCAAUGCUGCCAGACUUCAACAUACUGCCUCCUGCACCAACCAGUAACCUUCAGUCCUCCUCUCCCUCCCUGUCCACAGUGAGUCUCACACUAAUGCCCAAUGAGGCGAACUUUGGCAUCUCAGCAUCGUGCCUGGAGAAGGGUCUGGUGCUGCCCUGUGCUGUGGCCAGCCUGGAGGACAAGGGCUAUGUCAUGGACACAGGCAUUCCCAAGAUCAAGGCAGCGUUCCUCAAGAGGGAGGACACGGAUAAGGCUCCAACCCUGGACCUAAGCCACACCACCAAUUUGGCACUCCUGCUCGCGGGCACUGCCGUCAACACUACCAUCUCAAAGGCGGGGCUGAAUGGUGUGGUGAGCCCCCCGCACCUGGCCCAGCCCUUUGACCGGCUGCAGCAGUACGGCCUCGGAGGCAGCGUGAGGGGCAGGGUGCUGUACGUCAUGCCCCUCAGCAAGGUGGUUCAUCUCACCCUCCAGAAGAAUGUCUGCACCACGGGCCUUGCCAAGGACCCCAGGGAUGGACAUGAGAUUGGAGACAUCGUUCAAGAGGCGGAGAUCUACAAGUCCUCGCCCAGUGGCAUAUUCCUGAGUUUAGGCGGCAAGGCUCGAGGGUUUUGCUCGGCCAACCACAUUAGCGACAACACCAAGGUCCUCAUGCACAUCAACCGAGACUUCCGGGUGGGCAAGAAGGUCCCGUGUCGCCUCCUCAAGUACAACCACAUGGACCAACUCUUCAUUGUCACACUGCAGAAGUCUGUCUUCGAGCGGCAGUUCAUUGCCUACAGUGAGCUGCAGCCCGGGCAGGUUGUGCAGGCCACCGUCAACAGCUACGACAGCAACGGCGCACGGCUGGCGGUGAGCAAGCUGAUGAGUGGCCACGUGCCCUCACUGCACCUCACGGACGGCCCCAUGAAGCACCCCGAGCGAAAGCACAUCGUGGGGGACCAGGUCACCGCCAGAGUGCUCAAGGUCAACUCCAAGAGACAGCACCUUCUCCUGACCCUCAAGUCCCAGCUGGUUACAGCCAAGGAGCUCAUUCUUACCGAGUACUCGCAAGAGGCGGAGAACACACUCACCAUCAGCUACGUCAUCAAGGUGCUGCCGCAGGGCCUCCUCGUGAAACGACGUGAAAAUGACAUGAAAGGCUUCGUCCCCAGGUCGCAGGUCGGCAUUGAGUCGGGCAUGAGUCUAGCCUCGGCAUUCCACGAGGGACGAGUCUUUCGCUGCAGGGUCCUCAAGGUGUCCCCCGAGAAGCAGAACAUCACCCUCAGUCUCCUGGUUGACGAGGACGUUCAGCCAUUGAGUAGGGCGCCCAAGUCAGCGAGGAAGGUUGAGGUGCGAGCAAGAGUCAGGUGUGUGGUGGACGAGGUGAGGACGCACGCUAUCACAGUCACUGUCCUGCCCCACAACGUCGAGGCUUCCAUACCUGUUCACCACCUCUCGGAUGACCCGAGCAAGUGCCAGCUGCUGAUGGAGGUGCUGAAGGAAGGGGACGAGAUCAUGAAUGCCGUGGUGUUCAGCAAGGUGCCCGGCUCACCCGUCACCCUCACUCUCAAAAAUUGAGAAGGAUGCCUCUCAGGAUAAGGCCAAAGAGGGGGUGGAGCAAGGGGCCGACAGCUCUCCCAGCGAGGACAGCCGCGAGGAGAUGAAGGCCAGUGAGGGUGAUGAGGUGGAAGGUGAGGUGAGCGGUGCCAAGCCUUGCCUCACACUGGGAACAGGCUUUGUGUGCGAAGUUCCCGACACGCCGAAGUUCAUGGACUCCUCAGACGGUGAGGACCAAGACGUGCCAAAGAAGAAAGAGAGGAGAAUGCGGAAGUCAGAAAUAAUAGCCCAGUCCAAGGAGGAGGAGCAACAGUUCUCGCGGCUGGAGGAGGGGCGGGCGCUCGCCACAGUCAGCCAUGGACUUUGAGACCAUGCUCCAGGGUAGUCCAAACUCAUCAGCCGUGUGGAUACAGUUCGUCAGUUUCCACCUUGAGAGUGCCGAGGUGGACAAGGCCAAGGCAGUGGCACGGCGAGCCCUGCAGGUGAUGGACGCACAGGAGGAGGAGGAGCGCCUCAACGUGUGGACAGUGCUGCUGAGGCUGGAGGUGCUCUACGGCGGACCAGAGUCUGUGGCCGAGGCGUACCGGGAGGCGCUGGCCACUAACGACCAGCUCAAGGUCCACCUGGCCAUGGCCAUGGUAUAUGCUGAGAGCGAGAAUCCCUGGUAACAUACACUCCCAGGUCUUUCUCUGCCUCUGUGGUGGAUAGUGCAGUGUUUCCCAUGUGGUAUUGGUGUGCUGGAUAUCCCUUCACUGGUAGCCUGGUAACAUACACUCCCAGGUCUUUCUCUGCCUCUGUGGUGGAUAGUGGAGUGUUUCCCAUGUGGUAUUGGUGUGCUGGAUAUCCCUUCACUGGUAGCCUGGUAACAUACACUCCCAGGUCUUUCUCUGCCUCUGUGGUGGAUAGUGGAGUGUUUCCCAUGUGGUAUUGGUGUGCUGGAUAUCCCUUCACUGGUAGCCUGGUAACAUACACUCCCAGGUCUUUCUCUGGCUCUGUGGUGAAUAGUGGAGUGUUUCCCAUGUGGUAUUGGUGUGCUGGAUAUCCCUUCACUGGUAGCCUGGUAACAUACACUCCCAGGUCUUUCUCUGCCUCUGUGGUGGAUAGUGCAGUGUUUCCCAUGUGGUAUUGGUGUGCUGGAUAUCCCUUCACUGGUAGCCUGGUAACAUACACUCCCAGGUCUUUCUCUGGCUCUGUGGUGAAUAGUGGAGUGUUUCCCAUGUGGUAUUGGUGUGCUGGAUAUCCCUUCACUGGUAGCCUGGUAACAUACACUCCCAGGUCUUUCUCUGCCUCUGUGGUGGAUAGUGGAGUGUUUCCCAUGUGGUAUUGGUGUGCUGGAUAUCCCCUCCCAAGGUGCAUGACUUUACAUUUUUCUUCAUUGAAUUGUGGCUGCCACUUUUUGUUCCAUUCCUGUAGCUUGGUGAUGUUGUAGAAAAUCUGCAGUCAAGGGGUUAACUCUAUCUUAUGUCCUUAGCAAUAGCCUUCAAUAAGCUUCUGGUGCUAAUGGCGUUGUGUCC